AUCCUUCGUCAAAAUUCUCGAACUGUCGUCCCCUCCAAAAUUCCAACUUUGUCUCCGCCACCGCCGAUUACAAUCCCGCCUCCACCUCCACCUCCGCAUCCCUCUUCCACUCAUACACACUCUCUCUCUCUCUCUCUAUUUUUCGUUCUAGCUCUUCGUCUCGAUAACCAUCAUUUUCUCUUCUCUCUCUCUCCUCCCUCUGUGAUAUUUCUGUGCAUGGCAGUGAGUUUAUUGGCUCGUGAGGUAACUGACCUAUGCCUAGGAAAGCCUGCGCUCAGGUCUCUUUCCGUAUCUGCAACCGUCGGUGACGCGCUAUCGGCUCUCAGGAGAUCCAGUGACCCGUAUUUGAGUGUAUGGAGCUGUGAUCAUCACCGUAACGCUUCAAGGUCUAAGCUUGAUGCAAAUGAAUGCCGUUGCAUUAGUAAGGUUUGCAUGGUGGAUAUCAUUUGCUUCUUGUGUAAAGAAGAUAAUCUGAAAAAUCCAGGGAAAGCUCUUCAGGAGCCCGUCUCUGUUCUCCUUCCCAAGGUUCCUGGUCUUGUUAGGCACUUGGAGCCCAACGCCAGCUUGUUGGAGGCUAUAGAUCUCAUCCUUGAAGGUGCACAGAACCUUGUGAUACCAAUUCAUAUCCCCUUGUCAAGAAAAAAGCUGAUACCCAAACCAUCCUCUAACUCCACCCUCCACAACAAUUGUGAAUACUGCUGGCUAACUCAAGAAGACAUAAUUCGCUAUCUUCUUAACUGCAUUGGUCUCUUCUCCCCUAUUCCUAACCAUAGCAUUGAGUCUCUCAACAUCGUAGACACCAAAUCCACCUUGGCUCUCUGCUAUGAUGAGCCUGCCUCCUCUGCAUUACCCUUAAUCUCCCAAUCCCUUGUGAAGCAAACAGCGGUUGCGAUUGUUGACAUAGACGGCAAGUUGAUUGGUGAGAUCUCACCAUACACACUCAACUCUUGCAACGAGUCGGUGGCUGCUGCACUUGCCACACUCUCUGCUGGGGAUCUUUUGGCUUACAUAGACUGUGGUGACCCACCUGAGGACCUGAUAUGUUUGGUUAAAGAAAGACUGGAACAUAGAAAUUUAGGUGAAGCUCUGGAGUUGCUGGAAGAAGAAUGGGGAAUUUCGUCAUCCUCAUCUUGUUCAUCAUACUCAUCUUCAUCUGAUGAGGAGUUUGGACUGGGAAGGAUUGGAAGGUUUGGUGGGCAUUCAUCAAGAGUGGUGAGGACUACAGAUGCAAUUGUGUGCUUUCAAUGGAGCUCUUUAGUGGCAGUAAUGAUUCAGGCACUUUCUCAUCGUGUGAGUUAUGUGUGGGUUAUUGAAGAGGAUGGAACUUUGGUUGGAGUUGUUACCUUCUCAGGAAUGAUGAAAGUUUUCCGGGAACGUUUAAAGUCAAUGAUGUAGGGAUCAAGAUAAUACCAGAAAUAAAGAACUGCGAAAAAAUAUGUUGAAAACCAGCAAUCCUUUAUAAGGACUUACCUUCUUUUUAUAGUUUCUUUUGAGAGGGAGGAUUAUACUUCCUUCACUUUUAGUUCCGAGUAUUGUGUCCCGUUAGGUCUGAAGUGAUCAUGAAAAUGGUGGAGCUUGUAUGGCUUGUGAUGCUGACACCUUAUGUGCUUCAAGUUUAUUUAGAUGUAAUUUGUAAAUUAAUUAAAGCAGGGUCCAGCAGAAGGGAUUAUGACGAGUCCAGUUCUCCUCUGCUGCCCAUCGUAGAAAAGAGUCUAGUUUUAUCUUCUUGUUUUAUUUUGGUAAUAUGAAAAGAAAUGGCGAAUUUGGCUUU